CGUUAAUUGAUAAAAUACACAGGAGAGAUAAUAGGCCUUUAACUUUAUGAUAAUAUUUUCCCCACAGUCCAGACCUACACAGUGUCGAGAAUAUUAUCUGUAAAUGUUUUUUCUUUUGUUUGAAAAAUGUGCUAUGAUUUAUUUUAAUGGAAUAUGCAGGUAUGACAAUAGAAUAGAUCUACUAGUACUACUGACUACUGACUACUGCUACAUAACUACUGCUAUUCACUAUUCAGUUUUCAGUCAGUAUUCAGUCUAUUCCCAAGUCCCAAGUCAAGUAAAAGUCCUGGGUUACGAUUGCGGGCUAAUCAAAUUGGACUUAAAAGUUAGUACUUUACUGACUAUUUCUCAGUCUUUAACUACUCAAAUUGGACUUAUAAGUUAGUACUUUACUAACUAUAUCUCAGUCUUUAACUUUAACUACUCAAGGCUACUACUACUAGACUAAAGGCAAGGAAACCUAGCUCAGACAGUGACAGUGUACUACAAACAGUAAACAGGUGACUUAGUGUAGCUUAUAUUUAUAUAUUUUAUUCAUAAGUUGACAUAAGUCAUAAGGAAUGUGGUCAGCGGCCUGAGCUGAUGUUCUUAUCUUCUUAGGCCCGCCCCCCCCCCCCUUUCAUAACUUCUCCCUAGCUAAAAGGGGAGCUCUUCACCCUUAUUUUUAUUAUAAGUACUUCGGUGUCACCAUUAAUAAUAAGCUAGUAUUGCAUGAGCGCGGCCAAAUGCUGUUUAAGAAAUUCAACCAAAACUGUUCUACCUCAGGGGCCGUCCAUAAAGUAUGUCAUGCUCCAGAGGGGGGAGGGGGUAUAAGAAAGUGUGACAGUUUGUGACCGGGGGNAACCAAAACUGUUCUACCUCAGGGGCCGUCCAUAAAGUAUGUCAUGCUCCAGAGGGGGGAGGGGGUAUAAGAAAGUGUGACAGUUUGUGACCGGGGGGGGGGGGAAGGGGGGGUCAGGCCAUGUUUGACGUCACAUAUUUAUUUUUUAAAAUUUUAUUUCUAAUUUAUUUGGUUUUUUUAAAGUAGAAUUUAAUAGCUUUAAAAAUCAUUUUCAAAAAUUUUGUGAAACAUUUGAAUUAGUUUUAUGUCAAAAUAGCAUGAAAUGCGUAUCUUCUGAAUGUGUUGUUCACGAUUCCUCUCGCUAGGACUAGGAGCGCUAGUAUGCUGUUACGAAGCCUUGUUUUAUCUAUAGCCUUGCCGAGAUCAACAGGAGUUUUCAAAGUACAACCAUAUGAUCUUUACUGUCCAUCUUUCCAGACCAGCUUACUUGAUCGAAUUUGCAAACUAUGACACUUAUACUUUGCUUCACAAACAAUGUCGAAGAAACAUGCAGGACAACACAGAGCUCGGGCUCGGGAGAAUGUGCCAACCCAAACUUUUCCAGAAUCAACUCAGAUAAAAUGCAUCCGUCCUUUGAGAAUCGCUGCUAGAAGGCAAAGAGAACUCAUGGCAGCUAUUGCCAGAAGAGAAAAUGCACAUUCAGAGGGUGUUGAGUGGCUAGAUGAGGAUGAAGUUGAUCUGUCUGCAAUUAUCCUUCCAGGAAACGAUGAUGGUGAAAGAUUGAUGCCAGUCAUAACUAUGGAUGAGCACUUCACUUCACCAAGAAUGGAUGAUGUCCAGUGAAUAUUUUUAAAUUAAACAUAAUUCACAGGCCCAUAAUAAACAGAUUCAAUAUAGAACAAGAGUUUUUGUCAAGCUAGUCUUUUUUUAGUCAAAUUGUUUUGUUUCCUUUAUAUUAUUUAAUCACUGGGUGAGGUCAAGUUUCGCUAAUCUACUUCUUAUCCUGUGUAAAAAAUAUUUCAUAAUCGGAAAUUAUCUAAAACUUGACCUCACCUUUUGUAAAUGAAAAAGCAGCAGCUAAAUGAAGUGUUUUAUAUAAUUGUCUAGUCUAAUUUUUGCAAUUUUUGUUUUCAAAUUCAAUCCAGAUUGAGUUACUGCUUCAAUGAAUAACUGUGACAACUGUUGACUAUUAAAGUCAUUUUAAUACUGUGAUAGCUCUUUUUAGAUGAAAUUUUAUAUUUUAAUACAGUUUAAUAUUGAAGUGUGUUUUAGAUUAAAUUUUAAUUAGGUGCUAAUUAAAAAAAAUUUUUGUUUGAAAGUGUGACAUACUUUGGGGGGCGGGGGGGGGGGGAGGGGGUCGAGAUUUGUGACAAGGGGGAGGGGGGGUAAAAAUGGUCUAAAAUAGCGUGACGUACUUUAUGGACAGCCCCUCAAAAAACUGUACAAUUUUGGCUUAAACAAGCAAGUCAUUAACUUAUUCUACAGUGCAACAAUUGAAAGCCUACUUAAUUUCAGUAUUACCUGCGGGUGUUGGAAUUCAACUUUUGAUAUUAAACACUGCAUAAACCAACUAAUCAAGAAAUCUAGGAACAUAACACAAACUAAACAUUCUUCAUUUGAAGAACUAUUCGAAGAAAGAUGUUUUUGUCAAACUAAACACAUUUUGGAUGAUGCAUCCCACCCUCUUCAUCAUAGAUACUUAGGAUCGGGCCGUUCGGGACAAAUUCUUUCCAUGAGGGCAAGGACUGAAAGAUAUAAAAAUUUAUUUGUUCCCCAAUCUGUACGAAUUUACCAGCGGGCUCUCUCUGAAGUCGCACAUCUUAAUGAGGCCUAAUAAGUCCCCAAUUUGGCUAAGAGAACUCACUGAAUGGCUGUUUGAAAUAAUUUAUUAUUAAUGUCUUGUGUUCAAAUUGUUUUAUUUAUGAGCUGAUAAUGUAUAGUGCAAUCAUAAAACAUUUCCAUUUGUUUGGAUCAAUAAAAGAUCUUAUCUUAUCUUAUCUUAGAGACUGACCGAAAGGGAUUUUCUGAUUUCGGUCAAAACUGAAACUAGGCCGAAAUUUAAAAUGACUUUCAGCCGAAAACGAAAUUAAAACGAAAGUUAACAUUUUAGUUUUGUCCGAAGCCGAAAUUAAACCGAAAUGUAACUUUUUGGUGUUGGCCGAAGCCGAAACUGAAAUAUUUAGGUAUUUUGAAAUUCAUCCACGCAUACAUUCUACAUACAUCAAAAAAAUGAUGGGGGGAAAGUAUCAAUAUUUACAUUCUAUUUUUAAAAAUAUGAGAUAAUCGUGAAUAUCAAUAAAUAAACAUUUAAAUGAAUACUUUGGCUUUUACUAUUUUAAUUUAAAAGUAAUUUAAAUUUCUUCAAAAUGUUUUUUUAAGUAGUACGAUAAGAGAAAAUUUUGACGGGGGUGGGGGGGGGCAAAAUUCAUGCAAAAUAGACCAUUGAGUGCCCUUUUCUUUUAUAAAAAAUUACAAUCUAGAACAUAUACCUAUAAUAAUUAUUGUGGCUCUAAUAAAGCCAAUUGUCACCUAAAUAUAAGUUAUUAAGGCUAUAGAAAUAUCACCACAUUGUUUCACAGUUUUCGUCAUACUAAUGCUUUGUGUUUUCUUAAAUAGCUGGCAAAAUAUCCUUGUAAUAAUAUUUAGCCAAGUACCAACACAUUAGUCUUACUGUGCUGGUGAUGUAAUAAUGUUGUUCGGUGACCAACUUCCCUCGCCUCCCUUGGUGGGGGAUAUUUUUUUUUUUUAACGGGGUCUCUUAAAAUAGUUCUGACGGGUCUCGAUGGAGAAUCACAAGACAUCUAACUUGGUCUCCUAAAUCAUAAAAGUACACAGGUCUGCCUUGGGCCUACCACAUAAUUAUAAUACAAGGCAGUGACACAUGCACCCACUUUUUAUUUCAUCAAUAACAAUGUUUGUGAGCAUGAUAAUGAUGAAUUUCAAGAAAUGAAUGAAUUGAAAAAGCCUAGGUUUCCUUAAAAAUAAAAUUAAAAAAAAUAGAGAAAUAUUACCAUACCAAUUAAAAUAUAAGUUUUUAGAAAUAAAGGACAAGUAGGUCAUCAUGCAGCUUUGAGCAGUUUUAGCAGAGUAUUAGUAAUAUAACAUACUAUAAUAGCUAGACGUCCAGUAAUAAAGAAUAUUGGAUUGCCAACCUAGAGACAGACAGGCAGUCUGACCUCUGGUAGUUGACUAAAAACCCCAGUCACUUUUCGGCCACCUGGCCAAAAGUCCCAAUCACUUUCGGCUAAAACCGAAAUUAAACCGAAAGUUAACAUUUCAGUUUCGGCCGAAGACAAAAUUAAACAGAAAUUAACCUUUUUGUUUUCAGCUGAAACCCAAUCUAGGCCAAAAGUGAUCAAAUGGCCACUUUCGGCGCCGAAGCCAAAGCCGAAAUUCAGUCGUUCUCUAUUGGGUACUUCAGGCCCCUUUGUUUAACACGAAACUAGCUAGUGACAGCGUCAAAAGGGCUGCCUAGGAGACCCACCCUCUACGGGGGUUGCAAAUUUCGUCUUUAAUAAAACCUCUGUUAUCUACAAUCCUAUAGCGACAGCUGUAAUCUUGUGCCUCCUAAACCUUAGCUCCAAAAUUCUUGGCCCACACGUCUUGCCACAUUAUCUUCUUUGGGAGGUAGAUUUAGGCAGGUUUUCUAGGUUGACUUGCCAACUCCAAGUACCCGUUCCACCUCAGCUGCAGACUGCCAUGAUGGACAGUCUGCAACUAGAGUAGGGUGGGAGCUUAUCUAUUAAAUUAUUUUAAGAAUUAAAUUACUCUCCCAAAGUAAGAAGCCAAAAGUAAGUGAGACUUUUAAGUCAGAAUUUUGAUUUAAUCAUCAAACACUACGUUACAAAAAAAGUUGUCAUCAACAGGAUUCAGGAGAGAGAUGUAGGCCUACAAAUAUACAUAUUUUAUUUUUAUAACUUAUUUUUAUAAAUUAUUAUAUGUCAUAAGACUAUAAUAAGUAAUAGCAUUUAAUGUAUAAUGAAUAGUUUAAGUCUUAGUUUUGUGUAUAAAAAAAUCAUCUAGGGAUUAUUGAGUUUGAUCCUAUAUCAGUGACAACAAUAAGUUUGAACAUGAAGACUUAGAAGAGACACAUAACUAUAGUUGGUAAGUCAUAUAUAUAUAUUAUUAAACAUUUCAAUGAUAUAGUAAACGUAAAUGACACAAUAUGAUUGAUGUAUAAUUUUACACUGACCUAAAUCUAUAUGUGAAAUAAAUGUCUCGUCUAUUAUUAGGCCUAAACCUAAAACAUCAUAGUCGUAAUACCCCUUUGGGCCUAACAUUGCUAAACAAUCAAAUAUUAUUGAUUCUUAAUGUAUUUUGGUCUUUUCAUUGUGAUUAAUAAUAUGUAUUAUUACUGAGACUCAGUGAAGCUUAUCUAUUUCAUUCUUAAGGAAUGUCAUCAGCAGCCUGAUAUUGAUGUAACUGAUUCUGGUUCUGGUUCUGUUAGGGAAGGUUGCUGAAUCCAUGUACUGGCAUAUGUGUAAGGGUUGGGGAAGCGAUGCGGCUAUCCUGACGGCUCUUAGCGGAUGCCAGGCCAGCCUUGAAGCUCUCAAUUAAUGUUGAGUCCAAGGCCGCAUUGUCAUGGUGGUUCCAAGCGAUUAUUGUGCAUGGGAACAAUCUUUGUUUAUAUUGGACUGUGUUACACAGAGGCACAGUGAAGCAUUUACUAUUUUUCCGAAUGUAAUUGCUUAUGGGGUUGUAUAUGUGAAGUCAGUGUUUAGUGAGUGCUUGGCUCUGAUUAAGCAACCUGUAUGGUUUUAAAAAAUAUGAAAAGCAAGACUGUUUAUUAUGAUUUAAUUUACCGUAAAUUUCAGACUAACAACAGAUAACCAAGUCCAUUCAGAGAUUAGCAAGAUCAACAUGGCCUCUUUCUGGCAACAGCUGAAAGCUUUGUUGUUGCGUAACAUCUUGCUAAAAAAGAGAAACAAAGGCCAGCUUUUUCAAGUUAGUAAAUUUUACUUGUAUAGGCAAUGGCAUAACAUUUUUUGCAUUGCAAUUCAGCAGCCAUGUGCCAGAUUUUUAUUUACCUGACCUAAAAUUUAGGCAUCUCUAAGUUAAGCGAUAUUUUAAUCAUUUACAGUUAGUCAUUACUUAUACAUUUUCUUAUAUAAAGAAAUGAAAAUCGGAGCACAUCAGGCCUUCGCUUUGAAAUAUUUACUUAAAACUCAUUGGAGUCUUUAUUUAAAUGGCCCACAUGUGUGUGGAUUCUUAUGGACCACUAAAUUUUCAUUCUUUCCCUUGCAGGAGCUAUUUUUCCCCAUCUACUUUGUGGCCAUUCUUGCUAUGGUGAAAGAGAUAACCAAGCCAGAAAACAAGCCUGCCAUGAAAUUUCCAGCCAAUGAUAUCAAAAAUUUCAAUUAUGACCUAUAUGGAGGAAGUGUUUAUGUGGCUCCAAAUACUAAUCAGGUAGAUCAAAAGAAUGUCAGGUUGUUCCAACUCUACAGUGGUUGAUAUAUAUAUAAAUUAAACAAAAAAUAUAUUUUUGAGACAUGACCUCUAUCUCUUUAAGUUCUAAACAUUUUUAAAUUGCAUGUAUGCCUUAAAAAUUAAUAUUAAAUUAAAGAGGACAUGCCAAUUAUUUCAACCUGUGUUGAAACUUAUUUUAAUGAGUAAUAUUGACAUUACAUAAUUUUUGUAGGAAAUUAAUUCCUGCUCAUAAUUUUGGUGGUGUUUUAUUAUAAUUUUAAAAUUUAAUAUAAAUUUUUCACUAAGAUAAAUUGAAUUUCAUGUUUUUCAUUAAAAAAUAUGCUUAGACUCAGCAGUUGAUGGAAGAUGUUGUAAGGCAGUUAAGUUCAUAUGGUAUUAGCUACACAAUGUUCCCAACACAAGAGGAAGCUGAAGCACAAUACAAGCAAAACAGCUCAGGGAUUGCAGCUGGAGUAAUUUUCAACUAUAUGGGGGAUCCUAAUGCUUACGCAAUUCGUGUGGGUUAUCAUCUAGUUCCUGGGACCAAGACUUUUUUCAGCUAUGAUGGCGGUACUUGAAUGUUUUUCUUAAACACUAUUUAUGAUUAUUUCAUUCACAGUGUUGUUUUUUAUAGUCUUUUAAUAUUAUUUCUAAGCAUUAACCUGAACAGGUAAUCUGUUGCUUGAAAGCUUUUAGGUCCUGGCAUUCCUGUGAUCUUAAAAAUUGUUAUCUUUUUUUGGUAAUUAUUGAUCGUUGUCUAAUUUAACCAGGUUCUUGUCGUGGUGAUAAGUCGGGAAAAGACUUUGGACAGACGUGUGCUGUUAAUUCAUAUUUAUAUACAGCUUUUGCAACUCUACAAAUAGCAAUCGAUAAUGCAUUAAUGAAGGUAUGUCAUUUUUAAUGUGUUGUUAGCAAGUCCUGGACAACAAAGGCAUUAAGUUUUCAACAUGAAGUUACCAAAUCAUCUUGGGGAUUUAUUUGAAAGAGGCCAUGAAACUUCUGUAAUAAUUCCUGGUAAGACAAAGCAAUGCUCAACAAAACAUCAUACCCCUCAGUAUAUGGAGCUUUGAAAAGCCAGCAUUCCCCCUGCAUUGGAAGUAAACACAGAAAUGAUUGUUUUAUCCAUAAGGAAGUUACAACAGAAUAUUUGAGCCACUUUCUAGUUUGUCUCCUAGUGUAUUUUAAAUAAUUUGUAAGAGUGUAAAAAAUUAUGGAAAUAAUACCAAUAAUUAAUAAUAUAGGUUUAAAAAAAUGUAAUUCCAAAAUGACUAUAUUCUUUUUUUGGGGGACCAUAAUUUUUUUUUGAAUUCUCAAAUUUCUACACCAACUAAGCCUGUUAGAAAGUAGAAAAAGGAGAGAAAAAAUUCAUAUCAUUGUUAUUACUGACUAUGGUAUUUUUGUUACGUAUGUGUCUUCUUAUUGUUCAGAAGCCUUGAAUAAUUUAUAUUCACAAAGUCAACUUUUUCUUAUAAUCCCAGGACUUAGGAGUUCCAACUGUGGAUCUGGACUCAAGACAAAUAGAUGUUAAACUGAUGGACAAACCAAACUUUUCCCCUGAUACUAAUUACAUCCAGACCCUGUCAUCCAUUUAUUUUGUCUUCUCAUUUUCUGUUUUGGCCAACUACCUGGCUGUGAAUAUAGUGGCGGAGAAAGAAAAGAAAAUUAAAGAAGGCAUGCUAAUGAUGGGACUUCGGAGCUCUGUAUUCUGGUAGGACUUUUUAAAGUUUUUAUUUUUGUGUUGUAGAAAAAAGAAAUUGCUGGCCUAAAAGAGUUGUAAGAUGUAUCAUGUAUCUUACACAUGAUUAAAUAUCAUCUGUAUUACGUAUCUUGCACAUCAUUAAAUGUCAGCUGGAGAAGCUUUGAUUCUGCAUGUUUAUUGUAAUAUAAAUAUUUUCACGUCCCAACUGAAUAAAUCUUGUUUUGAUGUGUGUGAUGGGACUGAAGUAAAAGGAAACGCAUAGAAAUGAGAAGUCGGCUGACAUUUUCAGUCUUAGUUUUCUAUAAUUUUAUGAUUCUGUUUGUUGGUCUGCAGGCUGUCCUGGACACUCAUCUACAUGGCAAUGGUUGUUGUAGCCUCUGGCAUGAUGAUCUUAAUCAUUAACUUCAGCAGCUUUUUCAAGCAGAGCAACUUGUUCCUGCUCUACCUCAUUUUUAUAUUCUAUGGCUGCUCUUUCAUCGCCUUUGCCUUCAUGAUCACGCCAUUCUUCAACAAGGCAAAAGUGGCAGGGGCCGUCGCAGGCUUCUCCACGGUUAUUAUUAGCUGUAUCCACCUCGGUGUAAGCCAAACCCGAGAUGCAGGAAGCUAUGAUGCUAACGUACCUCCAGGGGUUCAAUGGCUAAUGUGUUUAUUCUCUCCCAUUGCCUUGUCAACAAUCAUAGACCAGGUAAUUCAGUUUUUUUUAUUUGCAUUGAGACAUCAUUAGAUUUUAAAAAGUUACAUUUGGGUACCUUAUGCAUCUGGUGUUGCGAAACUAUUUUAAUUAAUGGCUGUAAAGAAAUACUAAUGACUAUGUAAAGAGAUAUUUUACACUAAUGACCAUGUAAAGAAAAUAUUUGUUUUCCAUCCCUCAAUGCUACCUUUCUUAAUAUUGAUGUAAUGAAAUGUGGUUCUAGAAUGCUCAUACUGGGCAGUUUGCUUGGUAAGGGAAUUAUCAUAUACACUAAUUCAUACCCCAUUUAUUCAUAAGCAGCUGCCUUAGUUUCAGCCAGAAAAAGCCUGAAAAGGGUAAUUCGCAGAAAAGUGACAGCAAAAAAAUAAUAUUCCAGAAGAAGCAAUAUAGUACUAAAACAAAUAAAUAAUUUUUUAUAAAAAUAAAAACUUGGAAGAAUAAUUAAUGUGUAAGUAAAAAAGACUUAAAAACAAAUAAACAUACAGUGUUAUGUAUAACACAGCUACUUGCUUCUUACGUAAACCAUUAAAUAAGAUAACCACACUGAAUAUCUCCAAAAGUAGAACCUCAACCAUCUACAAUAACAAUUUUAUCAUUAAAUGUCGGUAAUUUGAUACUCUCUAUGCACACUCAGUAAUGGCAGUCGCUAAAGCAGGACAAUACAUCUGACCCUAUUUUGCACAAGGUUUCAUGGUGACUUCUUUUAAUUACUUUUUUCUUCAUUGUUCUCUGUAACAGAGUCAAUGUACCUGGAGAAAAUCAUAAAAAAUUCCUAUGAUCCCCUCAUAAGCUAACCACCCCACUUAUUCCCCUGAAAUAUCUCCCCAAAAAGUCAGCUUAGAAAUGAGUAUAUACAAAACAUAUAAUUUUGUUACUUCCAGGGAAUUUUUCUUGAUGUUCAUUAUCACGGAUUUAGUUUUGAUGACAGCCUUACAUUUGGCAAGUUUCCACUCUAUGCUCCAAUCUUGAUGCUUGUGGUGGACACCCUCCUCUAUGCUAUAUUAACUGUAUAUUUUGACCAUGUCAUACCAGGUAUGUGAUGUUUCUUUAAAUAGAUCUGAUUAUGUAAAUUGUUCAGUUGAUUUAAUGAAUACUAAUAUAAUAUUGUUAAAGAAUUUUUUUUUUUCUUUUCAUCAAGCAUUCUUACCCAAUAAUAACCACUGCACAUACUUGCAUUAAUUUCUUUUUUUAAAACAGAGAUAACCAGAUUCUUAAAUUGUUUAAGUAAAAUUUAAAUUUGAAGGCUUUAAUGAGAGUACAGUAGAACCCGAUUAUGUUGACAGCCUAGGGAUUUGCCAAAAAGCGUUGAGAUAACCGAUGAUCAAGAGAAACGAAAACCAAUAUGGCGGCACUAUAGUAAAAUUUGCUUGAAAUUUCUUUAAUUUACGUUGAUGUGCGUUCAUAAAUGAGAAUGAGUCUAAUACUAAUACACUAAAUAAAGCCUAAAUUUUAGGCUAUGCCUAUUUUAAUAAUUUAAGUCAAUUAUAAUAGGCUUUAGGGCCUAGACUAGGUCUAGGCAACUUUAUACUAGAUUUAGACUGACUGAUUAGAAUGUAUCCAUUAUAAGAUUAGAAUAUUAAUAUUAUAAAUACUUUGUGUGUGAUGUCCUCAUUUUAGUCUUAGUUUUAGGGCAGCUUGCUUAGGCCCAUACUUAGUAGAACUACUUUCUAUAAAAUGUACAUGAUAUUAAAAAAAAAUAGGUCUAUAAUAUUAGAUACUCCACAUAGGGCCUGCGUGCCCAGAUAGAUUUUACGGAUGCGGAAAACAGACCAUAAACCUGUGACUGGUCAAUGCCGGUAGGUUAUGGGGUCAUUUGGAGAUCUAUUUUCCUUUGUCUCAUAAGGAAGUGACAAUGAACUUAUUAAAGUCUGUUUUGUGCCCAAGAGGAAGACGAUCAUUACAACAUAAACAUAGGGAUUCUUUCACUCCUGUACUUUGAGAAAGAAAUAAUUAUUUUUAAUUAAGCAAAACUUGCUUAUUUGUUGUUUGCUAUUUCUUCUUGUGGAGUUCAAAAGCCGGUGAUCGGUUGGGGGAUCAAGAUAACUAAUGUUAAGUGGCAAAUUUGGCCGCCUUUUGUGCUCGCGAUAUCAGGGUUCGACGACAUAAAAGGAUCGACAUAACCGAGGAGAAAAUGCUAAGACAAAGAGAGAAUUUGGUGGUUUCAAUUAAAAAAUGUCGACAUAACAGGGUUGGCGAGUUAACCGAGGUUGAGAUAAGCGGGUUCGAUUACAAGUAGAUUACAAGCCUGAUUUGAACAAUCAAUUGAACUGUAAUCUAUUUUCUGACAGGUGAAUAUGGAGUUCGUUAUCCACCUUACUACUUCCUUCAGUACUCUUACUGGUGUCCUCCGAAGCAUACAGGAGAAAUGACAAAGUUAGUCAGUCCUAGAAGAAGCAUUUCCCAAACGGCAGAUGUAGAGCCUGUGCCGAGAGAGAUGGAAGAUAAAGUUUCCAUGAGGUAUGUAAGAAUCUCUUAUCCUUGUCAUUUUUAUUAAUUUUUUAAAAAUUUAUUGUUUUACACCUUCUAUUUUCAUCUAAGAUUUAGCUCUAUAGAUAAUUAUAAAUUGAUGCAGUAUUGCAAAUAAAAAUUAACAAUUUGGAAAGCAUUUCUUUUUAAAUUUUUCAGAAUUUCUUGGUUAACAAAAUCUUUUAAACAGGACAAAAAAGUUGUCAAUGCUGUUGAUGGUAAGUUUUUUAAAAUGUAUUGUUUUAAUAUGGUGGGAAAUUGUAAUCUUACUCACAACCAUGGGCAGGAGAAAGGUGUGUUGCCUUAGCUUGACUCAGUUGCUGAGAUUUAAAUUAUUCCCUUUUUGUAUAUAAGAGAUUUAAAGGCUGUCUCUUUUUUAUUUUUAUUUUUAGGUUUCUGCUUGGAUAUUUAUGAGAGCCAAAUCACAUGUCUCCUGGGACACAAUGGAGCAGGAAAAACUACUCUCAUAAACAUGUUGACUGGAGUUGUUCCCCCUACAUCAGGAUAUGCUAAGAUUUUGGGCAUGGUAAAUAACGAAUACAAUAUCUUAUUUUAAAAAAUGAAAUCCAUUGCAACUACAUGUCCAAUUUUCUCAUAAAGAACAUUUAAAGCUCUUAAUUAAUGGCCAAAAGGAAAUAUUUGUUGGUUUCAUCACACAUGAACCAGUUUUUUUUCUUAUGUUUCUUGACUACAAUCUCUUUUUUAUUUAUUUCAACAGGACAUUACCAACUCAAGAGAUUUAGAGAAUAUUCGGAAAGUCUGUGGCAUUUGUCCCCAGCAUAACAUUCUGUAUGAGAACUUGUCUUGUGUGGAGCACCUUGAGAUGUUUGCCAAUAUAAAAGGUGUUCCGGAGGAUCAGGUUGCACAAAAGGUUAGUAUCUAACCUAACGCUAAUGUUGAUUUAAUCAAACUAAACUUAACAAAUAUUGCAACAAUUGCUGCAGAAAUAAUUUGAAUUUAUUAGAAAAAACUUUGGACAUUUAAUUAUCAAAAAUAUACAUUUAGAUUAAGGUUGGUCAUUUUACAGAAAAAUACAAGCCUUAAUAGCUGUAAAUAGCUCAACACAAUUUACUUCUAAAAAUAUAUCAGUUCCACCAAACAUUUAUCCAUUUAACUGUUUGAAUUCAUUUUUUAAACUUAACUGUAGUUGACCACUUUGAUUAUUUCUUAUAAUGGUAUACUCAUCUUAUUUCACUACCCUGUAUUCCAGUUUGUGUAAAAUUAUUAAAUACAGCCGAAAAGCCAGGUUUUACAAUAUUCUUUGCGAAUAGCACUAGAAUUUGUUUACAGUAGGAAGUUUCUUGAUUUUGUUGUAAAAAAGCCAUUUUUUAACCUCUUGUGGUUAGUUUGCUGUUGAGGCUCCUCUAGUUUGAAUGAAUUUGUGUUUUUGUUUACUAGAAUAUAUAUUUUUAUCCUUUUUCCCCCCUCAUACUUUGAAAAAGAACUUCAUGUGGAAAUGCAUUUAAACAUUUUGGGGAGCCAUGUCCUGACCAUGUUAUGUUAUAAUUGACAUCACAGGGUUCAAUGGUGUAGGACUAGGUGUUUUAAAAAGAUUAAAUUUCAGAGUCUUAUUUAAGAAAAUCUGUAUUCAUGAUUAUUUGUUAAUUUUAAAAAAAAAUAAGGUAAAGAAUGCUUUACAAGAUGUGGACCUGAAAACCCAGGCAGAUACCUUUGCCAAAGAUUUGAGCGGAGGCCAGAAGAGGAAGUUGUCAGUGGCAAUCGCUCUCAUUGGUGAUCCAAAGGUUAGUUUAAAAUAAUAAUAAUAAUAAUAAUAAAGUUUAUUUGAAAAACACGCUUCAUCCCCAAAAGCUCGAAGUGCGGUACAAAGUCAACCAUAUUAAAAAGAGAAAUAAAAACAAUCUAAAAUUUACCACAUUUAAAAACAGAUGCAACGAUAUUAAGCUACAUACUAGCAUACCCAGUGAAAGUCUUUCAUCCCGUUUCAACCAUAAGCAACACAAGCCAAUAUACAUUAACUGAAAAAGAUGGUAGAUAGCAUCACCCCAGAAGGUGUUUGCGAAAUAGAUGUGUUUUUAAAUCGGUUUUAAAGGACUCCAGUGUCUGGCUAUUUCUGAGAGCAACUGGAAGUGCGUUCCAAAUUGUUGGGCCGGCAAAUGCAAAAGUGCGCUUUCCGUAAGUCUCAAGGCUAACACAUGGUAUCGAUAUUUUGCCACUAUCGGAUGAGCGGAGCUCUCUAAUGGGUACAUAAGGUGUCAUGAGUGCUUUGAGAUAAGAUGGCGCCAGGUCAUGUAAGCAGCGGUAGCACAAAGUUGAAAUUUUGUACUCUAUGCGAGCGUGGACCGGCAGCCAGUGCAGCUCCCUUAAAAGUGUUUUAGCAUGGUCGAAUUUGCGUUUGCGAAGAACAAUGCGAGCCGCAUUAUUCUGUGCUCUUUGAAUUUUAUCCAGGAGCUAUGGAAGCUGAUGAGCUUAACCAUCCAAAGGGAGAUCGUUAGCUUGAUCUUCAAAUUAGAUGUGAUUUAUUGAAGAACUCACAGCUUUUUUUACUGUAAUUUUGUGCCAGUUUUUUUUUUAAUCUAUCAACUUAAAAAAAUAACAAUUGGUUCAACAUUAACAUUAAACAAAAAUAAAAAAGUUAGGUCUAUAUAUGCAACCAGUGAAAUAUCCUCUGCAACACCUGGCACAGAAAAAUUGCAAAUCUCCUCUUCAUGUAUAGGAGCCAGAAUGAUCAAUAUAUUGAUCGUGGGCCCUUUAUAUAUAGAAGAUGGAAAAAAAAGUUUAAUCUCUCUUUUUUGUCUCCCAUUGAUCAGCUCAUGUUUUUGGAUGAGCCAACUGCUGGCAUGGACCCAUUCUCUCGACGACAUCUUUGGAGCUUGUUAAAGAAGAGGAAAGAAGGGAGAGUUGUCCUUCUUACCACCCACUUCAUGGAUGAGGCUGACAUUCUGGCAGGUGAGCAGGAAAAUGUUGUAUUUGUAACAGCCACUGUGAGCCACAGUGUAACAGAUUUGAUUCAUGAAAUUGGUCAGUAAUAGUAACUUUGAUUGUGUUAUGCUUGUUUAAAUAAGAAUUAUCUUACCAGGAGUUAAUCAUAACUAAGUUAUAAUAUGAUAACUUUCUUUUUUAUGCUACACAUGAGUGUAGCAAAAUGAAUUUCAGUUUCAGCGCUAAAAGUUGCCAUGUGAUCACUUUCGGCGUAGUUUCAGUUUUUGCCAAAACAGAAAAGUUAACUUUUGUGGUUUUUUUUGGUUUCUGCCAGAAGGGAUUGAGGCUUUUGGUUGUCUACUAGAAUUCAGGCUGUCACUCUGUCUGUUGGUCGGCAAUUCCAUAUUCAUUAUUGCUUGAUGUCUUGCUGACAUUGUUUGAUAUAUGCCUAAUCCUCUGCCAAUACUUCCCACUGCUGCAUGAUGACCUACUUGUCAAAUGUUUCUAAACAUAAAAUUUCAAUUAGGCUUAGGCAAAGAUAAAUAGUUUUCUGGAGAAAGUAAUAAAAUGGUAAUAAUUAUAUUUUUAUUUUUGUUAUAAUUUUUUUCAAAAAUAGAACUUGGGUUGUUUAAUUAAUUUAUUUGUGACAUUCAUUUUUAUUUAUCAUUAUCAUGCUCAUGAAUGUUGUCAUGGACAAAGGUGAAUUGGAUUUUGGAAAAACAAUCCUAGGGAAUUGUAACAUUUCCAUUAUUAAAGUCUGUUUUAAAUUUAAAAAAAAUUAAAAUUAGGUAACAUAAGGCUUAUUCAAUUCAUUCCUUUAUUGAAAUUCAUCAUUAUCAUGCUGAUAUACAUUGUCCUUGAAGAAAUAAUAAUAUUCCACAAAAUAAGUCAUGUGUAUGAACACAAAAGUAAAGGAAGAGAAUAAUGAAACCCUUAGUAAUAUUAAAAGGUAUAAUUUUUUAUUUCAAUUUUGUAUUAAUAGUCAUAAAUAACCUUUAUUUUAAAUCAUAAGCCUAUACACAUGUGUGCAUAUAGGACUAUCACUGGUUUGUAUAAUGAUUAUGUAGUAGGUCUACUGUAUUGUCAUAUCAAAUGUACCUGAACAAUUUUUCAACUUUUUAAAAAUCUGGGUCAAAUAUAAAAUUAGCUGAUAAAUAAUAAUUGCGGAUAAACGGAUUUUUUUUAUCUCAACAAAUAAAGUGUUUCAACAAAAACGUUUGUUUUAUCGGAACAAAGGAUUCCUUCAAGGCUUAUUCCUGACAUUUUAGUGGGCCAUACUAAUAAAAAUCACUUAGGCUAAGCUUUAAAUCAAAGCCAAAUAUGUUUAGUUAGCGUUGUAAUUAUAUUAUAACAGCAAAGGCGCCCAAACGCUUUAAAUAAUAUUUUACAAGUCUCUUAGUGUUUUGAAAACAAACUUUUGAUAACAAAACUGCAAUUUAAUUCUAAACAAAGAACCUAAAUUAUUUCUUGUCUUCUUUGCUUCAGACAGAAAAGCUUUUAUUCGUAAAGGCAAGCUGAGGUGCUGUGGAUCCUCUUUGUUCCUGAAGAACAAAUUUGGCAUAGGUUAUCACUUGACGUGAGUCAGCUAAUAAAAGUUUGAAUUUUAGUAUAGAUACAUUAGUUGAAAAUGGAGAUCAUGACUGCCUGGAUUAAUUUUUUUUCUUAUAUCAAAUAAUUUAAAAGUUAGAUUAAUGCAGUAAAUGAUAUUAAAAAUCAAAAUACAGAAUUUUGAAAUUAUCAAAAAAAUUACUUAGUCAUCAAAAACAUUUUUUUCUUUAAAACCAUGCAUUUUUUUAGUUUUCUUAUUCAGCUGGUGACCCCACAGAAAACCAUCCACCACCCAUUUUGGGGUCACAAACCAUGAGUUGGAAAACAGGGAUAAUGAUAAAAUGUAUUAGUAAAAAUAAAUUAACUUAGGAGGUUUCAAUUUUUUUGUAUCUACCAGAAGUCUUAUAAAAUGGUGAAUAAAGCUCUCAACUGAUCCGCAAUUAAAACAAAUAAUGUGUGGCACAGUGUCUAUUAUAGUUUAGUUUCUCUGGGAAAUAUAUCUCUACAAGACUUUUCAAAGAUGGCAGUAAGACAAACCUUUUUACCCAUAACUUCAUUUCAGCAUGGUUAUAACCCCUGACUGCCUCAUUGAAAAAGUGACAUCUUACCUACACUCCAUCAUACCGAGUGUCAAACAUCAAAGAUCUCAUGGCAAAGAGUUGGCCUACACAGUUCCACUCUGUGAUGUUUCCAAUUUCUCAAGUAUGAACAAUAGUUUAAUUAUAUCUACUGGGGAGUGUGGGGGGGGGGGGGGGGGGGUUAGGGUUAAAAAAAAAAAAAGCAGCCCCCCCCCCCCCCCUCCCCCCAGGGGGGGGGGGGGGGGGGGGGGGGGGCGGGCUUGAGACGGUAAAAAAAAAAGCCCACCCCCCCCCCCCUGCAUUUCUCACAUCAAACUACUAUUUCAUUCUUCUGUCAUCAUGCCCCACUUCUUUACUCACAUCAACCUAAAAUUGCAUUCUUCUGUCACUAUUCAUUUUAUGUUUAUAUUAGACAAGUUUCAGUAUCAAAAUUUGAAACUAUGAAAUUCUGAAAAGCUUAAGAGGUAAAUCCACUUUCAUAUAUUUGUAUCUGUGGUGAUCUGACUUGCGUUGUACUAGUGAGGGGUAUCUCUCAUAUGAGAUCUCCUCUUAGCACUCUGUCUAGGGAUUCGUUAAUUAAGCCAAAUUACCACAAAGACAUAAUAACCUAUCUUUAUACAUAUAGACUGAAAUGAAGUCAUAGUUAAAGGGGAAAAUAAUUACAAGUAUUUAUUGAAUAAUGAUAUUUACAAAUUCCUCCGUAGUACACUCUUGAUGAUUAAUAUAUAUAUACAUCAAAUAGAUGUCAUCUAAUUAGAAAGGUAUAUCAAUGCAAUGCUAGUGUCCAUAACAUACUGACGGUAUCAUCAUUAUUAAUGCUAUAUUGCUCAAGGUUCUAUGUUCAAUCUUUGUUGACUUAGCCUUUAUAGUUUCACUGAGGAUCUCGGUGGAUCACAAAGUGUGGGAGUUCCUUCUGUUCCAGAAGCGUGUCCCUGUUCCGGUCUUCGGAGCUGUUCCAAGCGUAGCGAAGUCGGAGUUCCCGAUCGUAGAUUCCGUGGGAUCUCUGCGAUGGGGAAGAUGACUCUCCAGUGAUAAAUCGUGGUUGUAAGAGUCUCUGGAUCUCGAGGUCCUUCUAGUAGCCGUAGGUAGUUUGGUGUAGGACGUGAAUCCAUCCCCUAGUUCCAGCUUCAAGGUAGUUGGUCUAGUAAUAGAAACCAGGCUAAAGGCAAAUGAUAAAAAAAAUGGAUAAGUAUCUAGGCGAAUAGUCAUAAGCUGACAAGUUCUGUUCCAACAGCAACGAAUUCAGAUUGAUGUAUGGAAGGUGACAUAGCUUUUACAUAUACAUCCUAUUUGUGGAGAGAUUUAUAAGUCUUGUCAUUGUCAGCGUAAGCAUAGGUUGCUUCGUGACAAUGUUGGACCAAGCAAACAUUUUAAUAAUGACGUAUGGGAUAUUGUAACAUUAACAACCAUUAUAUUUAUAGGUACAUAAUAUUCAUAUUGUCAUCUUGUUAAAAGAGACAUGAGCGAUUUGGAACAACAUGAUGGGAUGGCGGCGUGUCAUAGCCCACGGCAAAGGCAAUAUUAGAAUAAGAUCAAACAUGAUCAAAUACUUGCUACAUAGUUAUAUGAACACUACAUGUGGAAUAACAUAAUAUCAAAAUAAUGGUUGCAUACUUACCAGUACUCAAGGUAGCAGUCGCAGUUAAUGAUCACGCUAAUGAAGUCCUAAGUCUAGUUACUCCCAGCGUCCACAGUCAAGUGAUCAGAUCAUAAAAGACAUAUUCUUGCUUGUUCUGGCUAUUUAUUCGAAUUGGGUGAUGAUUCAAUUGGGUGGUUUAAAUGUUGUUUGUUUUCUCAUUCGAUGAUAAUCAUUUUUGAUGUUGCGGGUUUGACCUUCUAUCAGUGUGAGGUGGAAAAUGCAUAAGGCACGCUUUUGCAUGAGCUAUUAUGUGUAAGAAUGCAAUAACAACAAGGGACGUUACUCCGCUUUGCUGCCUCCAGGGCAAAACUGAGGGGAGGUAGGGUAUUAUUUUAUCAAGGUUUAUCGGUGAGAGGAGUUGAACACAAAAUCCACGCUUUUGGGGUGAGCGGAUUGAAUUAGGAAUGCAACAAGGAAAGUCACUUGGUAUAUGCUACUGCAAGGGCAAACCAAGGGAGGCAAGGGUAUUAUUUUACAAGAGUUUCCAAAGGUGGAUUUACGGUGAAAGAAAUUUGACAAAGUCCAGCCUCAAAUCGUCACAGUAUCAAUAAAAGGUGUGAGCUAAAGUCACUUUUAUAUAUUUGUAUCAACUUUAGUUGAUAGAAAAUUAUUUAUUUAAAAAAAACAACAACAUAUAUAUAUUGUGCUGCUUACCAGGGAGUAACUUUUAUUAUUGUGUAUUAUAUUUUUGUCAUGGAAUUGAAAUGGUUCUCACAAAAAUUAAAUUUUGCAAGUACACAUUCUUUCUUAAUAAGUAGCUGCUGUAAGUUCAGUGUUUUCUCAAUUUAUUGGCAUGAAAGCUGUUUACAGGGAUUUGAUAAAAAAUCUAAUAGAAAACAACUGAACCAAGACAAGGAACACUAAGCUUAAAACUUUUGGGGUCAUCUGUUGGAAAGGUCAAUAUCCUCAAACCCUAAAUUGAUUUUUCUAUAUAGAAGGGGGUAAAAUCAGUAGCGUAGUAUUAACGAGAGUAUAAAUAAUAAAGAAUUAAAAAAUCUACUGCUCUUUCCAUUUACUUAAUUCUGAUUAUAAAACUUUAGCUCCACAUCCUGACCAUUCAACAUUUCAGAAGCAUGUUCAGGGAUUUCUAUCAAGGGAAAUCAAAUAUUUCCAAGUUAAAAAAACAACCCUUGUACUACCCAUGGUUAAACCAUUUUACUCAACCUUUUCAGCAUUGUUUGAGCAACUGGAUGAAAAUGCGGCUGACCUAGGCAUCAAAAGCUAUGGCGUUUCCAUGACAACACUAGAGGAGGUCUUCUUAAAUCUUGGUGAGUCACAUUAAAAAAAUAUUAGGUGUAUUUACUAGCUGGUCCCUUACCAGAAAAGCUGAGAGCCUGCUCAAUACAUGGGAGAGGAAAGUCCUCAUGAAAUAUGUGGCCGUGUGAUUGACAACGAUGGAUGGAGACUCUGUACAAACCAAGGGAUAUAUCAAUUGUUCCAAAACCCACUCUUUGUUGCAACAAUAAAAAAAAGGCAGACUGCAGUUGACAGGACAGGACACCUUGAGAGUAUUCAUCAGAUAGAAACCUAGGGGCAGGUCGACCAAGGCUGAGAUGGACUGAUGAUGUAGACAAGGGCUUACAUCAGUUGGGGGUCCACUCAUGCAGGUGGAAAGCUAUGAAUUGAACUCAAUGGAAGGAUGUUGUGGACCAACAAUAAUUGCAAUUUCAAAUCAUUAAAAAAUAAAAAUAAAUUUGUAUUCUCCUUCAGUUGUUUACUUAUUUGCUUAGCAGAUAUGGUACAUACAAGUGGAUGUUACCAAUAUGAAACAAGAUAUGGUACAUACAAGUGGAUGCUACCCAUAUGAAACAAGGAAAUGAGUGAAACAAAGUAUGGAAAAACCUGAAAAAAGGAACAAAACUAACGUGUAGGCAGGAAGCCUACAUCAGCGAACAAAUAACCAUAAAAACAGAAUUAAAUAAAAAUAGCACUUAGCUGAAAUGCAUCUUGUUGCCCUCUCGGAUACAAUAUUUAAAUAAGUAAUUUCAAAUCUUAAAUAAAAAAUAUAUAAAGCAAUUUUACUAUUUAGUAACUACUAAAACUAAAGGGUUCCUAUAAAUAUGAUCAAUAGGUAAAGUGAACCUAAUUUUCUACAUUUAUUUAUUUAGUUGAUCUCUGAUUAAGUCUAGAAUGAUGCAAUCCUUAACUCAGGUACGUGCCAAAGUACAUCCUUGCACUGAAUUAAUAAAACAAAAUAUCCUAGAGGAAUUGAAUAGACCUACGAUUUUCCAACCCCACGCUACCAUCAUAUAUUCCUUACCUUUUUCUUUGCAAGAAAUUUUAAAAAACUGUAUAUCAAUAAAUAAACAUUAGUCAUCUACUUUGGGAAGUGACCUUGUUUUAGACAUGGGAUGUGAGUAGUUAUGGUGACAUUGUGCUGUAUGUUUAUUAAUUACUAUUAGGAUUUGGCAUUGCACAUUUUUGAGAUGGUAUAUUACUACUCUGAAACAAAAAUGUACUGCUAUUUUGGUAACCAGGUCUGUGAUACAUAUUUUUUUAAAAUGAAAGCUAGUUGCUGUACGGUAACACUGAGCUAACAGAGACAUUCUUUGUUUCAACAGAGGCAGAUGAGGCUGUGGAAGCUGAAGAAGAGGAGUCUGGAGAAAUCAAUCACACAUUUUCUGCCAAUGCAGACGAGGCCAAUAUUGUCGACAUGGACCCACAGCACCGAGUCCCAGCAGACCCAUCGAUGGGUAAAUCUGUUGUUAGAGGUGGCAGUUUGACCAAGCAGAGAUUCAUGGCCCUGCUCAAGGUCAGUGCAAGUGAUGGAGGUUCAUCUAUUUCUUAUUCACACACCUUCUAAUUUAUGUCAAUAAUGUUGGCAUCUGUUUGUUUCUCAUUGGAACUCUCUCAAGCAAAACCUCGUACCCUGUGCAAGAUGAUGAUUUUAUUUCAGAGUCAAUUGUUGCUCAAGCAAGCUCUCACUCUCCAUUCCGCUGUUGGAACCAAUUUUAAUGAGUUCAUUGUCAGACCACAUUUAGAGUUCCAUCUCCAGAUUAAUCUUCCUGUAGUCUUAAGGUGUAGCUGCAAGGUGGCAGAGGUUUAUGAGCCAACAUCUUAUAAUACGUUCCAUCUAUCUAAAGGGCCCUCGUUUUUGUUAAUUUAUUUUAUUGUAUCGCUAGGCUUUGUACCUUGUUAGUAUCCCAGAUGCAAGCAUUUAAGCCACACCUAACCACACAUCCACCGAGCCACAAAUUAAUGUGGAGGGCGUUGUUUGUUGAUACUUUAUUGAUGAUUUUUAAAGCGUAAAGUUGGAGGUAUAUUUAAUGAGCCAUAAUCCUUCUUAACACUUAUUACAGUAAAUAAUGAGCUCCAAAAUGAGAUAAUAUCCAAUAUUUCACAAAUUUUGUUAUCGACUUCUUUUUAAAAAAAAGUUUGAUGAGAAAUUUUCAUAACUCUGAAAUUUGGCAACGCUGGUAAAAAAACAUUUGAAUUCACAAUGCCUAAUAUUUAUCUCUUUUUCUUUUUAAAAAUGAAUUAUAUUUUGUUUUUCAGAUCAGAUUCCUUCUUAUUAUCCGUAAUGUCAAGGCUGUGUUUUUCCAAAUCGUGCUGCCUGUUGUUUUUGUUGUGAUUGGUCUAGUGCUGGCAAAGUACCAGGCCGCAUCCCCCGCUUCCUACCCAACGCCUCUAGAAAUGAGCCCUGAGCUUUACGUUGCAUCUCCCGCAGCCACAAACUUGUCAUCACUUUUAAUCUUCGAUGGUGUCAGUAAGUUUUUUUUUAAAACUGUAUAUUUUUACAUUAUAGAUUGUAACGUAUUAUAUAUUAAAUUAUAUUGCCUUUAAUGGACCGAGCUGUGCACCAUCCAAUUUGUGAAAUGCUUACCCCCUCCCCCCUCCCUCUCCCUGCCAUGACUUAUGCUAAGAAGGUUAGAUAAUAGCUUCUGGGGAAUCACUUCAGUAAUUCGUGCCAUUGUUUGCUCUUUUAUUUUUUCAUAAAAAGGAGAUUAAUUGCAAAAUAAAAUGAGUAAAACAGAGUAGGGUUAAACCUGAAAAAAUAAACGCAACAAAACAGCGAACGUGUCGGCAGAAAGCCUUCGCCAUCAGCGAACAAAACAACAGAAAAAACAGUAUAAAAAUAAGAAAUAGCACUUAGCUGGUAAGUAGUAUCUGUCAGAUACUACUUACCAGCUAAGUGCGGUAAGUAACAUCUGUCAGAUUCUACUUACCAGCUAAGUGCUAUUUCUUAUUUUUAUACCGUUUUUUCUGUUGUUUUGUUCGCUGACGAAGGCUUUCUGCCGACACGUUCGCUGUUUUGUUGCGUUUAUUUUUUCAGGUUUAACCCUACUCUGUUUUACUCAUUUUAUUUUGUACUAACCUGAUUGCAGUCUCUCCCCUUAUUACCCCGAGAUUAAUUGCAGCAUUCUUCAUGUUUAAAAUAAUUAUAGUUUUGGUUUCUUUUCAUUUAAAUAUAUUUAUCCAGAAACAGCUGGCUCUGGUAAGAUAAUUGCAGACUGGAAGGAAGACUACAAGGUUGAAACCUAUGCCGCAGGAACUAAAAACACCUCAGAUGUGGCGCCACAUUAUCUUGGAAUGCAAAUCAACAAGCUGAUGGGAGAUGUGAGUGUCCAGUAAAUUAUCUGUUGAAUAGGCUUAAAUUUAUCAUUAACGAAACAAAAUUAAGAUUUAUCACAAAGGCAAUUUCUGGGUGUUGUGGGCCCAUACAAGCCAUUCUAGUAAGCAGAUAUUUUGGCCCAGAGUUUACUGAUGUGGUAGAGUUGAGCAUUAUCAAAUCAUAGACAUCUGGCUGGGGAAGGAAGGAUAUUAUUUUUUAAAAUUUCAAUAAUUUUUGCCUUAAUAUUGAGGAGCGUAUUUUCAAAAGGGGUUAAGUCCAAUUUAUUUCUCUUAGUGGUUUGUCUAAAUGCAACUUAAUUUAUCAUAGGAAACAGAUUUAUCUUUUUCUACUUUAUUUGCCCUAGUUACUUGUUAGUCUUCUGUAUAAAUGCUUAGGAAUCCUAUAGUAACCGUAAUUCAAUUUGUUUUAAAAAAUAUAGCUAAGCCCCUUUUGAUAAAAGGUCUUCAUUUUUCUUCUGCCAUGACUGAACUCAAUUACUAAUCGUAAGCUUAAAUGUCUCUACCCAUCUUAAUACAGAAAAUUUCAAUUCUUGCUACAUAUUAUGAAGUCAUUCACACAUUUAAAAAAACAACAACUCAAUGUUUCUUUACAACCAUAAUUUCCCUACUAAUUUUUAUCACUCAAAGUUAAAAAGUUUUAUUUUUGCAAUUAUUUCAAUUGUGACAGUUUCUUAUGAAACCUUUUUUUUUCAUUGUCUUAAGCUUCUUCAGAAUUUUGUGAUUCUCUACAAUGACACAGCACUGCACAGCAUCCCGGUGGCGAUCAACCUGGCCACGCAGAGCAUUCUAAAAAGCUCCAACCUCAGCGCCAGAGUCAGUGUCUACAGCUUCCCUUGGCCGGAGAUCAGCCAAGUGAUAGCAUUUAACUCUGCGGCCAUGACUGGUCCAUUGUUGAUUGGAUUGGCAUUUAUCCUUGUCAUUCCAGGAUUCGCUGCCGACAUAGUUCAGGAUAGAGAGGUGGAUUUUGAUGUUUGAAUACAAUAUUAAUAAUCAACAAUAAUGCCUAAUCCUUACCCAGUCAAGCUCUGUGCACAAUCACUCAUUAUGUUAAUAAUAAAAAAUGCCUGCAGUUAUUAAAUACUUUAUUGUGUCACAUGUUACAUUAUAAAUUGUGUAAAUGUUCAAGGGUUUUUAUUUGAGUAAGUAUAAAGGUUUGCUGACCACUGCAUGGUGUAAUUUUAUGUGGUUCUCAGUGGAAGCUAAGAGGACAGCUGCGUAUCUCUGGUGUGAGGUUCAGAGAGUACUGGGGCACCAUUUACCUGUCUGAUAUCCUCCUCUAUCUGAUCCCUUCAGUUUCUGUGCUCAUCAUAGUUCUUGCCAUGCAGGUAAACGCAGCUUUUUUUUUGUAGCUGUGAAUAGUUUCUACAUUAACUUUUGCAUGAGCAGUUUUAAUGUUGUUUAUUGUUACAGAUAAAUCCACAAUAACCAAUAGAUUCAUUCAGUUUAGGAAGGCUAUUAAGAAUUGAGCAUGAAACAUGCUUUCAGUUAAGUCAGUAAUUGAUCUGUCAGCUACGUAUUUCCAUUCAUUGAUCAGUUUAUCUGGCCUUCAUAAUUUGAUGCAGCAGUUUGAGACUUUUUCCCCCUCAGGUUCCUGGCCUGAGUUCUACUGGGGCCAUGGGUGCACUGGUCCUGCUGUUCAUCACAAAUAUCCCCUUCAACAUCCUACUUGGCUUUGUGCUUUCCUUCAUAUUUGACAAGACAGAGUCAUGCUUGGCCUACUUGCCUCAAAUUAUGAGCAUCGUAAGUAAACACAGUGUUUGUCAUUGUGUCCAAGCUGGGACCAACGUUGAUAGUCUAUUGAAGAAAUAACAAAAAUUAAUAAAAUAGAUCAAAAGUUCAAAAUGUAAUAAACGCAUGUAAUUAUGAAUUCAAAUCAUGCAUGUUUAUUAUGUUAAUUAAGUCUUUUUUAAAAAGCAGAUGCUUAUCACAAGGGCUUAUUUCUCUUGCUCAAUUGCUACAAGUAUAUUUAUUCAUUUUGAACUAGUUGAAGCUCAUAGGCUGAGUAGUUGAAAUAACUUCAAGAUUAAGAUCAAAUUUGCAUUUAUUUAAGAACAUAGUUCUGAAAAGUUUUGUGACACCAUACUUGAGGGAAAUUUUGCCAACACCAGUAAGGGUUACCUGUAUUUUUUCAUACAUGUAAAAAAAAAAACCCAAAAACCUGGCUCUUACUGUCAUGUGUCUUUGUGAAACUUGUAUUCGUAUCUUGCUUUUAAUGAUGCGUGUGCACAGUUUUUAAAGCUUAGCCAUCAUGGUCUGAGGUUUUGUUUAAGCUGCUGUGCUUGUUUUCCCGGCCAGGGUUCAAUGCUUCCCUACAUCACCGUGUCCCUGGUGGACAUGAUCUCACGCAGUAAUGUUGCCGUCUAUUUACAUUACGUCUUCUGCGUCAUUGAUCCACCUUAUAUUAUCUUUGGAGGAUUCUACUUCAUUUCAAGAGUAGGUCAAUUGUUAUUUUAACCUAAUAUUAAGUAUUUCCUGUUAUAACUAGGUUUAUGACAGUUUUGUUAUAUUGGGUGCAAUCAGAGCUUUUGAAUUGUUUCUCUGGAAAGAAAGAGAAUGUACAUUAAAAUUUGUGCUCGGUUAUGCUAUCUGAUCUAGGUAUCUAUUUCUUUAUAAACCUAAAAAAACAACAAUUUGUUAACAAUGAAUUUGGUUGGAGCAAUAGUGCCUGGUUAUUUUUUUUCUUCUUUAUAUAAACAACCGAAUUCCUAAGGGUCAAAUAAAAAGGAAAAUAAUAAUUGGCUUUUAAAUACAUUAUGAUAAUUAGCAAUUCAUUUCAAAAUCACUCUGUACAUAUUUCUUACGUUUUGAAAUAUUUACUUCAAAAGAAUUACUCGAGUUCCAGCUCUCUUUUAAGAAAGUCUUAAAUGAUUAAAGUUAUCACAGAAACAAUUAGGGAUAAUUAUUUUGUUGACAUCCAAGACUACAAGAUUGAUUCUUCUGCAUAAAGAACUAACAUUUCUUAUCAUCAGAUCAACCUGGUUGCUGUUUUGAGUGGGUUUGAAGCUAAAACAAGUGACUACUUCAAGUUUGAUAAUCACAUAGUCAUUACUAUAAUAAUGGUAGGUACACAAUUCAAUAACUGAUUUAGUACUACACGUUUAAUGGGGGUAAUAAGGGGAGAGACUGCAAUCAGGUUAGCACAAUAUAAAAUGAGUAAAAUAGAGUAGGGUUAACAAAACAACGAACGUGUCGGCAGAAAGCCUUCAUCAGCAGGCGAAACAACAGAAAAAACUGUUUAAAAGUAAAAAUAAGAAAUAGCACUUAGCUAGGAAGUAGUGUCUGUGGGCAGCAAAAGAAAUGGGACAGAAAGUAAGUGAGUGAGGGAUUAAAUAGGGAAGAGCGAAAGAAAAGAGGAGAAAAAAGUCCACUGCGAUAGGUCAGGACGAGGAGGGGCGGAGCUAGGGUCAAACUGUGAAAAGGGACAUAUCAUUCAUCCCCGUUGGCGUCAAAGUGCCAUAAGUAAGGAUAAGCGUUCUUGGAAUACAGGCUUAUGUUAUGUCCCUUUUUUGUUGCCAUAUUGUUGGUUAAGAACAACAAUCAGAAAUUAUUCAGUUUUAUAAGGACUUAUACAGCCAUAUUGUCACGUCAACAUUGAUCUUCCUAGGAGUGAGGCCUGAAUGGCUAGCAGUUGAAUAGUAUGGUAGUGAUCAAAAUUUCACCUAAAUUACUGUAGUAGACAGGACUUUGACAACAAUAAUUAAAGAUUUUAUUAGACACUUUUGACUCUAAAUCUCCAAUUGCAAUAAUCUUCAUGGGAAGUCUGUUACAGCUUGCAUCCCAUGCAGGGUGGGGCAUUCUAAAAACACUAGCCUUGACAAUAAUCUUCAUUGUUAGUCUGUUUCAUGCAUUGUGUGACAUUCUAAGAACACUAGACUUGAUGAAAAAAAAACUCAUUUAAGAAAUACCAUCAGAUUUGUUUUGUAUUUUCAACAGCCAGUGAUACACUUCAUUUGGAUGUACUGGUUGGUUAGGGUAUUGGAUGUUUUUAAAACUGGAGGAAAAGUCCAGGAAGCUUUCCCUUGUGCUGUCAAGGCUGUCUCCAGGUCGGUUGUCAACAACACAGACACCAUAGAGGAUGAGGAUGAAGACGUGAAAGCCGAGAGACAACGUGUGGAACACUUACAAAGUAUUGAUUCAACUGUGAGUAAAUUAGUUUGUUCUUUAUGACCAGUCCUUGAGUCACAUUUAUAAUUGAGGUCUGUCGCUCACAUUCAUGAUUGAGUUCUGUCGCUCACGUUCAUAGUUGAGUUCUGUCACUCACUUUUAUAAUUGAGUUCUGCCGCCAAGUUUAAUUUUAGCCAUAGUUCCCAAGUCAAUCACCUUUCUGUCCUGGACUUUAUUUUUCAGCAGCUUUACAUCUUAGAGAAGCUUAUAACUUAAUCAAAACUAUGGGCAUUCACUCUUAUGUAAUGUUUUAUUGUCUUUAGCACUUUAAACACAUUUUCUAUGUGUAAUUUCAAGUUACCUAAUUGCUAAUAAUUUCAAUUGUAACUUUUCAGAAUUGAACAAUAAUAAUUUAUAUGGCUGUGUUGAAAAACUUAAUCUACUAAUAAUUAACCCUUUACAGGGCAGAGGCAAGUCCUCUUGCUAGUCCUGAACGAGCACCAUUUCUCCGGUUUUUUAGUAAGAUUUUGGGUUACGUUAGUAAAAAAAUUAAAAAAUGGUUAAGGCAAUGAGAUGAAAACAUCAUCAGUGAUCAAUUAACUUAUUGAGCAAAUAAUCUUGUGUAUCCAAAUAUUUCUUAAAAACUUUAAUAUCUUUGUUUGAAAUUAACCUUUGCCUAUGAAUUACAAUACAUCUGUCACCAUAAAUGAAUGAAUUUCUAUCAAAAAUUUUUAAAAAAUCAGUUUAAAAAAAUCAAAUUAGAUAUGUUCACAAUUUAAUCAAUUAAUUUUGUAAUUUAAAUGUGUAUUUUCUAACAGUAAAUAAGUUUUAUUCCUUAACAUGUUUUUAAUAGUUACUUUCUAAUGACAUCUAUGGGAUACACUAUUGUGCUUUGACUUUAACAUGACUAUUAUGAAUAUUUGAUGUACCUGUGCCUGUAAUCUACUAACAUAAAUUUCUGAUCUCAUGGCUGUUGAGUCACAUUAAAUUUAGCCUUAAUAUAACUUUAUUAACCUAUAUAAAUUUGUAUAUCAAGACUGUUAUCUUCUUUCUUUUGCCCAAUCAAAUGAAAAGCUUUAACUUCUAAAUUAUUCAAACAAUCACCAGGAACAUUACAUUUAAAAUGUUGCCAGGUUGUAUGAAAACUGGGACGGUGAUUCCCAUUAAAAAAUAUCUUUAGAUUCAUAACACACUAUCGCUAUCACUAUCACUAAAGAUUGAUAGUGUUUAUGUAAGUAACAGCAAUGAGAAAUAAAAGGCCAAAAAAAAAAAAAAAAAAAAAAAAAAAAUAAAAAAAAAAAAAAAAAAAAAACAUUAUUAGUUCUAAAAGCAAUGAUUAGCCGUACCACCAAAAAUCAGUUAAACUGUUAACAAUGGCCUCGACAGCAAUAAGCAAUAAGACUGUUGACAAUGAUAAAUUUUAAAAAGCAAUAGUCAGCAAUGGUCAUGAUCAGCUUUAUUUUAUUGGUCAACACUUUCUUGAUGUAGGAUUGAUCUUAAAGAGCAUUAGAGUUGUGAAUGCAUUUAAGUGAACCAACUUUUCCCCCACUCUUUACACAGAGCUUUUCCCCACAGUUGGGCCUAAAUCAAGCCGCAACUAAGGUACUGCUAAUUAUUAUAAUUUCAUUUAGUUUUGUAUGAUAGCCUCCAUAUGCACUUCUGUUUGGUGUUUUUAAUUUCUGUCAAUAAAUGCACAAUAUUUAUUAAAACCAAGUCCCGAAUAGCAAAAAUUCCACUGUCAAAACGAGGGGCUGCUUAAAUCCAAUGAUAAAAAUUACAUGAAAAAGUGUAAUAUACUACCACUGAGGCUUAACAAAAAUACAUGUGAAUCAUUUCUAGAUUUUUACUUACAUAGUUUGUAAUUUUUAAAAAGAUUAAUCUAGUGUUAAUAUUAGAAUUUGAAAUGAGCUUUACUGGGUGCAUAUUGCUGUAUGUCUAGCAAAUGUGUGUGUUGUCUUUGUGUAGACAUGUAGAUACCGGUACCUUCACCAUGCUUGCUAAACAAUGUGUUAAUAAGAGCUGCUAGUAGAACAUGAUUUGAUAUUGUAGUGGGCUGACCAACUAUUUACCUACCACUUGCUGCCCUUAAUUUUCUUUGAUCAAGAUUCUGGCUGAUAUUAAAUAAGUAAUUCAGUUACCGGAAAUUAGUAUAAAACUAAUGUAUACGAAGGAAUGUUGUUAGAAUGGAAGUUUGUUCCAAAUGAAUUUGUUCCAAAUGAAAUUUUUUCAAAAUGAAAUUUAAAAAAUAAAUAAAUUUUAAAAAAUGGGGGUCUGCCUAAAUAUAAAUUUUAAAAUAAAAUUAAUUUUUCCACAUCAUUUUGUUUCAAACAAACUUUAUUUUCAAAAAAAUUUUGAAUUUAUUGAAAGAAAUAGUGUUUGGAUAGAUUAGAUUGCCAAUAAUUUUUUUUAAACACAUUAAUGUUUUCUUUAUUUAUCACUCAAUGCAUGACAUUGUUGUAGUGCUUCCUGCCCUGUGAACAAUGCUUGCUUUCAUAUCUGCUUCUAAAUCAUUGCAAUAUUUUUUGAAACCCUUAAACAAAUGUUUUCCUAAUUUUUUAUUAAAUCUAAUAUUUUGUGAGAUCGCUUUUCCCUUUUUCAACAUUGAUUCUACAGAAUUGCGUGUAACUUUCAUUAUCGCCAUAAAUAUAACUUUAUCUGUCUCCCUAUAACAUAAUUUUCUCUCUCAUGCAGGAACCAGUGGCCUUCACCUCACAGUUAAGAAAAACGUAUGUCAAACGUACAAAAAAAGGGAAGCCGUGCUUCUCAGAAGACACAAAACACAAAACUAAAGUGGCUGUGAGGAACUUGAGCUUUGGUGUUGAUGAGGGGGAGGUGGUGGGGCUGUUAGGUCCCAAUGGAGCAGGCAAAACCACAGCGCUGAGCAUGAUUAUAGCAGAGACAGAACCCACAUGUGGAAAAGUAAGAGAUUAAUCCAGAGUAGAAGUAUCAACUAUUUUUUUUCUCAAGAUAUUGUGGCUGCUAAAACUGAAUAUUAUUUAUUAAACUCGUAGCAGUUAGAAAUUUUCACCACUAUUAAUAAUUUUCAGAUGGAUUCAUCAGUGGUUUACAAUCAGUGAAAAAAAAUUGUAUAAAAAUUUGCAUUGUUAAUCUGUCAUUUAUGAAAAAUCAGUUUUAAUGAAUUUUUAGUCCAGCAAAGGAAGUAUCUAGAAGAAAAAGAACAAUUUUGUGGAAAAUGGAAGGAAAACGGAGAUGAACUAAAAGCGAUGCUGCAUUCCUUUAGUGUGAAAAGAUGAUCUUUUAAAAAAAAUUAAAACUUUUUAAAGUGCCCAUAUCAAUUAAUAAUGUGGGACUUCAGGAAGGUUCCUAUCCCUUAUUUCUAUGCUAUUUUAUGUCUGACUUGUAAUUAGAUGAGCUUUGCAUAAUGAUAAAGGUUAAUAACAAUGAUAACUUCAAGGUUUCUAUUUAUACCUUAUGUCAGUUUUCACCCAUUAUUCUUAACUAUGUCUCAAUUAAAUAUUCAACAUAUUCAAUAUUAAAAAUUGUCACUUAUAGUUUGUGUCUUUUAACAAGUUUUUACUUCUAUUGUUUUAUAUUCUUUGUGGAGUCAAAUAGACAUAAGUUCAAGACUCUGACAAUUGCCUCAUGACUCCCUUUUCAACUUGCAAUGCAGAUAUGAAACUGCUAACUUUGAUUUUGCAGGUUGUAGUGUCUGGACACAAUGUCCGCACACACUUGCUCACGGUCUUAGAAUGCCUAGGAUAUUGCCCUCAGCAUGAUGCCCUCUGGGAAACAAUUACACUGGAGGAACACAUUAAAUGCUUUGCUGCCAUUAAGGGCAUCGACCCCAAGCGCUUGGACGAUGUUGUCAAUUUGUAAGUUUUAGAGUACAUUUCUUUUUAAAUAGGGUGGAGCAUCUCUAUCUCGAAGCUAAGUCAUUUUCUCACGUUCAAAAAGUAAAACUAUUGCUAACUUUGUUGAACAAUUCAUGUGUGUUCUCCAAUCUUAAACCAUGUAUCCCAGCUUGUGGGUGCCGGCUGGCUGAGUGUUCUAAACUGAGUAAAUUCCAAGCUAAUGGACUUGAUUUCAAUACCUUGGAGCACAACUCAUUUAAGAGAAGGCAUAUUGCUAAAUCAAACACACAAAUUGAGUCCUGUAGGCCAGUGGUCCCCAAACCCCGGGCCGGUACCGGUCCAUGGAUCAAAUGGUAUUGGGCCGCCGAAGAAACAUUAAAAUUAUUUCCAUUUUAUAAGCUUGCCAGGUUUUCUGGAUGAUAAGUACGGACGUAUGAACACAAAGGCUCACAGCAACCGGAACCAUACAGGCGGAGGGUGGGGGGGCGGGGGGUUGUUGUGCUUGAUUUUUUUUUUGGGGGGUGACUCGUACGCUUUUAGCCCCCAUCCCUAUUAAAAAAACCAAAGACAUUAAACAAUUUAAUGGGUAAUUUUAACGUUAAAGGUUACAUUUUAAAAAAAAAUGAGUCCCGUAUACAGCCGACAAUUUGGCCAGCCCAGUGGUCCCCAUAUUAUGUGUCGUUCAUGCAGAGCCAUGAGAAUGGGGCAAAGAGGGCUGUCACAGCGGGAACCAAAUUCUUCUUUAUAUAGAAUCUUAAUAGUGAAUUAAAAUAUCAAAUCCCAAAUAUUUCAGAAAGACGAAGGGGACCAAAAAUCGUCUUUUUUUUACUGAUCUGCCCAGGGGGCACUUUUUCUAUACAUUAAGUGGCACUAUUUUCCGGCUUCGCCCCAGGUGCAACAUUUCCUCUGCAGGAAACAAACAACAGUAAAAACAGAAUAAAUAAAAAUAGCACUUAACUGAAAAGUAGUAUCCGAGAGGGCGGCAAAAAAAUGGUGAAAACCUGUUUUGCAUAAGCGCCGGGAAUCAAACAUUCUAGGGACCACUGAACUAGCACAUUGAAGAUACUUUGGAAGAAAUAUUACUGUGCUACCGCUACUACUGAGUACUAUCAAAGCGAUAUCUAUAUAGUAGGGUUUGCAAUCUGGGAUCCCGAAUCUCAAAUAUACUGGAAUACCGGAUCAUAAAGGAUGCUAAAAAAAACAAAAACAAACCGGGAUUGAAUGUAUGACAACCGGGAUUUUCGAAAUUCACGGGAUUUCAUUAAAAAAAUAUAUAUUUAUUGUUUUUCAUAGUGUCCAUGUCGUAGUUAAAGCAAGACAUGGCAAUAAUUUAUGUGAUGUGCGAACCCCUCACAACACGUGUAUGAAGUUCAAAGAAAGCCCAACGACAGACUAGAUUAUAAUUUAAAAAAACAUAUAAAAAAUAAAAACCAUCAACUACCCUCAACCCAGUGGGCCGCUGUAAAAUUAUCAAACGUUGACCGGUCCACACAACAUCCUCUUAUAGCAUUGAAAAUGGUUUAAAUCAUUUAACACUGAACAUAGCAACUAAUCAAAAUAUAAAUGAGUGUAUUUGAAAUAUUGCUCACCAAUUUUUUGUCGCACUUAUUGUAGUGGUUAUCUUAUAGUUCUAUUUCAACUACUAUUUAGUUGGCAAGACAAGUUCUCAUUUUGAUGUUCUCAUUUUGAUGUUCUCAUUUCAAUGUUCUCAUGGGUCAUCAGCUACAUAUCUAAUCUGAAGCUGGAGGAGCACAGAAAGAAACAUGCCAAGAAACUAUCUGGUGGCACCAAGAGAAAGGUUUGAACUUAAAACUACCCACUUCAGUAUUGAUUUGUGAUGAUAUUUUGUUGUACUGAACUUUUCUUUAUUUUUCUCAUCUUCCAGACCUUUGUGGUUAUUUUUCAAGCAUACAAACAUGUAUUUUAUAUAGUUGCUUCUUUAUCUCCUAUGAAUUUCAGUAUUAUCAUGUUAAUUGGUACUUAUAUACACAGUUUUUAUAUUUAAACAAAAUUAAGUUCACCAUUCAAUCAAUUUGCUUUGCAUAAUUUUUUGUUAUUGGAAUAUGAUGCCAUAAUAAUGUAAGAUUGUCAGUUUAAUCUAAAAUUUCAAAUUAACCCUAGUAAUUUGAACCAAAGUCUCCAUCUAGAUUUUGAGCUAUUAACAAAAUAAAAGAAUAUUUCAUAUAAUCUUAAACCUAACCUUAUCUCAGGUAGCUAUGACACUUUUUAUAAGAGGCUUAAGUCAAAGCGUUACCAUUUCAAUCAAAUCUCACUAUUUUUAAACUCCUAAUAAUUGUAAUAUUUGCUUAGAUGAAAGCAUUUAUUCCUAAUUUCUAUUGCCAGCUAAGCUACAUAAUGAGCAUGCUGGGAUCUCCUCAUCUGGUUUUACUUGAUGAACCAUCCACUGGAAUGGACCCACAAUCUAAACGUUUCCUAUGGUCAGUUUCGGUCUCUUCAUAUCUUUGGUAUUGACAAAUAUUUGAGACUGCUCUGCGUUAUCCAAUUGUUUGAAAAAGUUCAAUUCUAAAUGCCUUUUUGUUGCUGAUGUAAUUGUCAUUUACUCUCUUUUUAUUUUGUUUUAAGUUUUUGAUUAUUAUGAAAGAAUGGCCCCGUAUAAAUCUAGACCAACCACUAUUUACAAUAAUAUGUUUAAUUCACCAUUGAAUAUUUAGCUAAGUAGUAAUUGUUAACUCUGUGAGACUGAACAGAGGACUAGGUUAAUCUUGGCUUCCCUUUCUCAAAUAAUUAACUAAUGAUAAGAGGGUUGGACAGCAUUAAAGCUUUUGGGUAGAUUAAUAAGACACAAACAAUGUAUGUCAAUAAAACAAUAUGGGUAAAGCAUUAAUAAUGAUUACACAGAAUGCAAAUGUUUUGGCAAACGCCUUCAUCAGGACAACCAAAUUAUUUUAAAAAAAAAAUCAUUCAAAUAAGUAUAGAUCUAAAUUAAAUUUACACGAAUAAAUACACAAAUAAACUGUCAAGCUGUCGAUCUCUGCUGUACCAUUUUGCCCACUUUCUUAUCGGUUCUAAAUUUGAAAUUUGACGUCAACUUAGAUAUGCUUUAAACUAUUUUAAAAAGGUACCAAAGGUAGAGUGUCAGUUGUGUGUACCAGUUAAUUGUAUGCUAGAGCUACCACUCAUGGAAAUGAGAAUAAUAAUUCAGAAACAGAAUGAUGAGUAGAUGAACAUUUCUUGAUGUUUUUUCUAGGGAUACCAUCAGCUCCAGUUUUAAAGGCACAGAUAGAGGGGCCAUACUUACCACACAUUAUAUGGAGGAGGCUGAUGCCCUGUGUGGACGAGUGGGCAUCAUGAUCAAUGGACAAUUGGAGUAAGCUUCAGUCAAAUUUUAAAUGUUGUUGAAAUUAAUUGAAGGUCUUUAGCAGUACAAUACUCUUGAUCCACAUACUCUUGAUCCACAUACUCUUGAUCCACAUAACAUUUCUUGUAAACAACCCAUAUUACCUGCAUGCUGCCCCAGAAGUCACAAAACUAAAUGAGAACUAAUAAGUCCCUGAUAUGACUAAGAGAGUUCACUGAAUGGCUGUUUUUUUCACUAGAAAAAUAAUUUAAUGUAGAUGUCUUGUGUUCAAAUUGUUUUAUUUAUGUGCCAAAAAUGUAAAAUGCAAUAAAAAAACAUUUCCACUUGUUUGAAUCAUUAAAAAAAAUCGUAUCUUAUCUUAUGAUCAGCUUGAUGCUGAUUUAGCCCAGAACAUGGUAAAAUAGUUUUACUUUAAAAAAAAUGAAAAACCUUGAAGUGGCAGAUGUAGUAUAUCCGAAAUCAUUAUCUAAUAAAUAAUGUGUCUUACAAGAACCUUAGAUACUCCCAUUGAAAUAAAGCACACAAAUGUCAUGUACCUACCUCUCGAUGGUGUUAACCAGCUUUCUGACUGCAGGUGUCUUGGUUCCACUCAGCACCUUAAGUCAAAGUAUGGCAGUGGCUACAUUCUUGAGAUCAAAUUGGGCUACCAUGACUCAGCACAGGUGGAAUCUUUGAUGGAUAACUUGGAGCAACAUCUGAACACUUUAUUCCCAGGUCAAUACCUCAGAUGUGUCUACUUUAUGUACAUUUGAAACAUUUUGACACACAUUAUAGAAUCAAGGUCAAUACCUCAGAUGUGUCUACUUUAUAUACAUUUGAAACAUUUUGAUACACAGUAUAGAAUUCAAGUCAAUACCUCAGAUGUGUCUACUUUAUGUACAUUUGAAACAUUUUGACUCACUAUAGAAUCAAAAACUAAAUGUUUAUUGGUUGUGCAAAUCGCAACAAAAACAACAAAUUGUUGUGGUACGUUUUCAACUUUAUUCCAUUUCAGGCAAAUUUGUAAUACAUAAAUUUAGUUUCAUGAGGCAGUUCACUAUCAUUUUAAUUUCAUCUAAUUAUUCUGCAAUUCUAUACAUUGCCGCCAUGAUCUAUUUUUUGUAACUGAACUAUUCUGUUACUGACAUUUGACAGGUUUGGAAAAAGUUGAACGCUUCCAAGAGAGAGCUCAGUAUUCCAUCCCCAGGGAAGAUGUCAAACACUUGGGAGCAACAUUUGCCAACCUGGAGAGCUGUGAGUUCUUUUAGUUCUUGGUGGUUAUUGACCUUGUCGUUGAGGUUUCCUUUUGUUGAGAUGCAGGCAGCAGCUGCUCAAACAGUUCCUUGAGUUAAUGCUCUCUCCAUCACUGGUCAGCUAUUCCAUGAUAUCAAGCCCUCCAUGGCUAGAGGGUAAUUUUGCUUGUGUUUUCUUUGACGACUUACAGCGAGAUGACAGUGAUCUUUUUUUAAGUCAAAUAAAAACGUCAUGUUGACCUCCUAAUACUAUAAUAAGUUUAUCAUUGAUCCAGAUGGAGGGGGAUAACUGGAUGCUUGUUCCCUACUGUCGGGAUCCGUUUGUGCUUGGUUUCUUUCAUCAAAUUCUUUUACACGUUCAUAUGUUGUAAUCACACUGAAUCAAGUGCAAGUCCCUUUUCCAAUGGCAAUGUAAACUUUAACCCAGAAACAUAUAUAUCAGCGUGUACAAUGAAUUACAUGUAUGACGCAGCUUGCUAUAAGUAGAAGAAUAUUGUUUAACCUUCAUCCACAAGGUUCUCUCAUCAACUGCCAAAUGAACAGCAUGUAUGCCUAAGACAAUAGACAUGAUAUCACAACUACAAUAAAAUUAGUCACAAUAUGACAAGUCUAAAGGCUGGAAAAGCAUUCAUUAAAUAAACUAAUGCACAAAACACAUCACACACAGUAAAAUGAAAAAUGCGGUGUGCAACAAUUACUAUUGAAUACCCUUGCUCGAAACCUCCUUCCUUUCUUUGAAACAAAAAAUGAAAAUACCUUUUCAUUGUUUUAAAAAGGUCUGAAGAUGUAGCCAGUUCCGGAAUUAAAAGAAAAAGUCUAAUGAAACAUGUCUUUCUACAGUCUUAAAUUAUAUUUUUGUAUUGCUACAGGUAAAACGACACAUUGCCUUGAGGAAUACAAUUUCAGUCAAAGCACACUUGAGCAGGUAAUUUAUCUUUACCAAAUAUUUUGUGAUUGGAGCUAGAAGUAAAGAAGAACCAUUUAAAACUUGUAAUAUAAUCAUGUGAUGCUUGUAUUUAUUUUUAAACAAUGGAAGCAUAACAAAAAGGGAAGCGUUAUACGCAGUCGACUGCGCAUAACCCUGAGGGUUAUUCACAGCCGACUGCGUAUAACUCUCAGGGUUAUGCGCAGUCGCCUAGGAAUCUAGCCAAAUAAGGUUUAUCAAUCGCUUGUUUGGCAAUUUAAAAAAAAGUAUUAUGCGUAAUGAGCUGCAUGACGGGUUGUUUUGAACUAGAACUUUGAAUGUGUUUAACGUAAAAUUUUAAGUGAAUUAAUUUUAAUUAAUAUUAAAAUUGUUGAUAGCAAUAGUAUUAGUAUUAGUGCUAUUAUUAGUAUUAUUGCUUGUAUCUUAUAUAUUAUAAUUAUAAGUAUAAGUCAAAGUCUACAUUUCUUAGAGUCUAAGCCUAAGUCUUAGAUUUUUUUAAAGGCAUUUCCAUGGUCUAAGUCUAGUUAUGUAUUUUGAUUGAUUAGGUUUUUAUAUGUUGCUAUGACUAUGUCUAUGUCUAUGUGGUUGGUUUUACUGACUAAUUCAGGAAAUACAUUCUAUUUAUCUUUUUUUAAAUUUUAUCAUUUAUGAUUUUUUUUUUUUGAUGACCUAAAUGUAACAGUUUUCAGCUUCCAUGCAUAUUAUUAGUAUUAUUGCUUGUAUCUUAUAUAUUAUAAUUAUAAGUAUAAGUCAAAGUCUACAUUUCUUAGAGUCUAAGCCUAAGUCUUAGAUUUUUUUAAAGGCAUUUCCAUGGUCUAAGUCUAGUUAUGUAUUUUGAUUGAUUAGGUUUUUAUAUGUUGCUAUGACUAUGUCUAUGUCUAUGUGGUUGGUUUUACUGACUAAUUCAGGAAAUACAUUCUAUUUAUCUUUUUUUAAAUUUUAUCAUUUAUGAUUUUUUUUUUUGAUGACCUAAAUGUAACAGUUUUCAGCUUCCAUGCAAAACUAUAACUGUGUGAAAGUAUUACUUACAGUGACCCCUCUACAGAACCCCCUGCCCUACUUACAGUGCUCCCUCUACAGAACCCCUGCCCCUACAGCGAUUUUUUUUACUGCUACUCUCAACCCAUGAUUAUUUUUAUUACUGUACCAGUGAAACAUGAUUUUAUCUGCCACAAAAUUAGUUAGCAACACAAACAUAUAUUUGAUAAUUAUAAGUAUAACAUUAUUAACAUUACAUUGGUCAAGUUAAUAAUUCUUCUCAUGUUUUAACAUUUUUUAGCCAAAACAAAAGUCAAACAAUAAGCCUAGUUGUUGCUUCAUUCUCGAGAAAAAGCAUAGCAACUAACGCGCAUUCAUGGCUUGCGAUUGGCUGGAAUUGAACUCCAGACCAUCAACUUGAGGUUUGGUCAGUUUAGACCAUUCGACCACACAGUCACCCCGAUAGCAAGGCCCCCUUAUUGAUCGAUAGUGUAACACAGGAAGAAUAUAGACGUCGUGACUUGCCGACUGCGUAUAUCUCUCAGGGUUAUACGCAGUCGGCUGCGCAUAACCACUUCGUAACAAAAAUAUUUUCUCUGAGAACAUUUGAAAUGACCCACAUUAAAUAUUUUGUACUACUCUAUCUGGCAGAUUUAGUGCUACUGGGCUUAAAAUAUUUUUAUGUUGACAGGUGAAUUUUAAAUAAUUUACACCAAGAUGGCUGCUGUCAUAGGAAUUCUUAUCUAAAUUUGCUUUACUAGGCUGAACGGUCCAUUCUACCAGAAUGAAUUCCAAUGGCAAGAUCCAACAUCAGCAUCAUAUUUUUAUCCCAUUUCUUUUUGAUUCCCCCAGGUUUUCCUGUUCUUUGCUAAACAACAAAUGGAGGAAGGUGAAGAGGAAGGCCCGUCUCAUCGGCCCAAACUUUGGUCACCCCCUCCAAAAGUGCCUGCUGCAAGUCUCGUCGUCUAAUUUUGGCUUCAGUAUCAUUGCACUGUACAUCCAGAUGUUUAUUUCAUGUUUCUUUCUUUCAUUAAUUUAGUCAUCUAAAUCGCAUGAUCUCAGGAAGUUGGAAGUGACAGGACAGAAAUUUAGGCCAACUGUCCUUAAAUAUUCAAAAUUCCAAAUCGAGACUUUAUGUAAUAAAUUGGUCAUAAUUAAUCAGCAAACUUUCUUAUUUAUAUCUAGGAAAACCUUCAGAAAAUAUUGCAGAAAAUAUUGCAGAAAAUUAUUGUAAUUUACAAUAUAACAAAUUUGAUUAUUGCAUUUAUUAUAGGAUUUAUUAUAUCCUUUAAUUAAUAAUGGAAAAGUACAGUAAUAAAAACAAACACUUUCUCUCCUAAUAAAAAGGUUUUCUCCCUUGCCUUAUGUGCCAUUUUUGUAUGUGAACAUUCUCUUGUGCUCAAGUCAUUUCCUUGUUCAAUACUGAACACUCCCUCAUUUGUCUUUUGACAUAAAUGAAAGCAUUGUUUAUUUAGACAUUUAAUACUCUUACGUCAAGUUCAAAAAGCUUUCGUGUUUGAAGUCAAUCCUUGUGGUCGGUAGAGUGCAACAAACUAAACAAACUACACCCAAUUUAUUUUAAAAUGUUCUAGAAAAUAGCACAUUGAUGUUUCAAAAUCAGAACAGCAGUUUCAUAUUUGUUCAGAGAUAUUCUUCUAAACAAUUACCUUUACAAUUUUCUUACAUGCAUAAAAUUUAAAAAAAUAAAUCAUGACUUCAUGUGAUUUCACCUGUGUUUUAAGCUAAUAUCUAUAAAAUAUUUAUUUUGAUAUAACCAACCAAACUUAUUUAUUAUGGCUUGUAUCAGGUUUAUUUUAGAGCUGUGUGGCCAGAUUUAAGCAUUGCCAUUUUAAGUAAGUUCUUCUUCAAAUAUAUUUUUCUAGGCAGUGACUUUGUGCCUAGAAUUUUAAAAGUGGAAAUUCACUCAGAGCUCCAUUCUAUAACAAUGUCACUUGAAGCUUUUAAUAUUUUCUCUAUUUUAUGUAUGUGUGCAAACCUGUAAGCUUUGCAUUGAUUUAUCUGUUGAUAUGUACAUUUUCCCCCAUGCAUAAUUUAAUUUUUUUGUUAACUUUUGUUAAUGUCAUGUCACAAUCAAACUCUAUUAUUUCUUUACACUAAAACUAGAUGUCCUUAAAUCUGUACAGUUUAUGGAAAUAUUUUGCAAAGAUGUUCUUAAAUUUGUACAGUUUGUGGAAAUGUCAUAUCCCAAAGAUAUCCUUACAUUUUGUACAUUUGAUGGAUCUAUCAUAUCCCACAGAUGACAUUAUAUAAAAGUUAAAUAUGUGCAGCUCAAUGUUAGAUUGUCAUUCAGUAUGUUCAGUUUGACAUUAAAUUGACGUUUAAUAAGGCCAGCUUAAUGUACAAUUUAAAAAGAAAAACACUUUGCCAUUCCACGCUCACGCAGUAGAGCCUGAACAUGGCCUAUUGAACCGUCUGGACUGGGUGAUCCAUUUGCUUUAUAAAUGAGAUGAUUGAGUGAGCAAAGGCAUUGCAACCCAGUCCUUUCUUUAAGGGUUUCUAACAUUUCCAGCAUAUCAAUACUUGCUAAGAUUAUUUUAAUGUUAUUUGUAAUAUUUUCUCUCUACAGUAAAUGAAAUUGCCAAUAUUUUAAGUUGAAACAUUAUUAAAUGUUUGUUUAUUUACUAUGAAUUCAUCCCCGCUGAAUGUCUUUAUUUAAACUGUGCCAAAUGUUUCAAUAUGUCUUUUUUGUAAAAACAACCACAGCAUUUCUCAUAUGCUGAUCAUUUGAACUUCAGUAUUCAGCUCAUGCAGCUCCUAUUUGUACGUGUUCAUGAAAAAAAAAUACAUUGUUUUAAAAGAUAAAUAUGUUUAAAGUGCACAUACUAUUUUAAUUGUAUCUUCCUUGUAUUUACUAUUACGUGUCUUGACAAAAGCUUCUUACUGCAUGAGUUAUUGCUCUAUGUCAUGAGAUGUGUCUCCAAUAUGUUGGUCUACUGAUCUGUUGAUGAUUACAUCAGAAUGCUUUAAGAAAAGGCAUAUCAUAUCAUUACAAUUUAUUUAUAACAUAUUUACACUGGUAUAUUUUUUUUCUUAUUAAAUUGUUCACAAAUACAGAGAAGCUGUUUUUAAAAAAAAUAAUUUAAAAUAAGGCCAAUUUAAAAAAUGACAAGAUAAGACCAUUAAAUUAAGCAAUCAUGAUAUAUGAAAAAAUACAUAAGACCAUGAAGAAGAAGACAUUUAUGAUGUAAAAGUUAAUUUAAUUAGACAAUGUGGUAGAGGCAUUUCAUAAGCCUAUGCCCAGGAGGAUAAGAGUUAACGCAAGUUAAGUAUUGUAGAAAAUGCCUAUCUUUGUUUAGAUAAUAUUCCAGUAUGGCUGUGAAUGCUACAUGCUUAUAUUGUGUCAUAAAGAUUUGAAAGGUGCUGAAAUGUGAACAAUAAAUAGCAUCUUAUGGACCAGUUUAUUUAUAAUUAAUUCCAUUGUUAUGCUUGCUAUUUAAAUGUGGAAAAUUUUACUUGUGAUAUCAUGAAAAUCAUGAAAUACAUUCUAAAUAUUAUUUUUGGACAGGUGACAUUGCUACUUUGAGUAAAACAUUAGUUUUCUUUGUAUUUAUAUAUUAGUAAUGCCAUUUACCCUAACAUUAAAAUCUAAAUGUACUUUUGCUUGACAAUCACAAUUGAAGGGGUAUUUUGUGUCCUCAUUGUUCAAAAGCACAAUAUUGCUGUUCAUGUCAUCAAAGCCCUGUACUAAUGUUGUUUAUUUCAUUGAUCUUAAGUGGAGUUUCAGAUUUGCUUUUCUUAUGACUGAAACUACCCUCUCGCUUUCCAAACAGGAUUAGUAACUACCUCCAUAGGUACUCUUACACACAGGUACCCCACACACUUAGGUAUACGACGCAUAGGUACCCCACUUGUUGGUACCCCACAUGUGGGUUCAACACACAUAUUACCUCCACACAGGUACCCCACACAUAGGUACUCCACACAAAUAAACCCCACACACAAGGAAUUGGCAAAUGCCUGAUGAUAUCAGUCAAUACCUUGGAUUAUACGGUGGGCCUCCUGAUGUCCAACAGUUUACCAUUAGACAUCUGAUCUACUCUAUUACUAAGACAGAAAGUUUCAAGUUUACAUCUUCUUAACUUACUCAGUUUAUAAGCCAAUAAUUGGAUACAUUCACAGUAAUUCUUAUACUUUCAAUGCAUUCUAAUGUUAACGUAUGUUUGUAUUUUGAACAAAACAAACCAUAUUUUUAAAUAUGAUUUUUUUUUAAAUUUCAAUUUUGAUUUUUAAACAAAUUAAAAUAAACUGUAAACUCUGUGACCAAAAAUUGGGGCUGGUGUCAAGGUGACAAUGGACGUUCCUAUGAAAAAAUAUUAGUAUCUACAAAUAAAUUUAAAACAAAUAAAAAUAUUAAUGUAUUUCUUUUUUUUUUUAAAUAUUUUAAAAUUAUGCUAAUCUCCCCUUUUUCACUUUGUCAACUAUUGAGGUGUGUCCUCCCCUCUCUCUCUCCC